CAUUUCUCACUCUGCUAUUCUUUGCGUGCGAUGGCGAAGCGUCAGCCCAUCAGUCAGGAGAAUGGUGCAGAAAAGAGGAGACGAGAGAAUGGCACAGAGCCCCGAGAUGAAACGAUGGAGGCAGACUUGACAACAGAGACAGUGCUAGAGACUUAUGACGUGAAGGUCUCUGGUGGUAAUUGUGUCCAUGAAUGUGUCCGUCCUGCAGAACUGGCGGGCCAGGCUUUGCCACCAUUACCAGGUACACCAGCAAAAUCAUAUGCCUUUCAGUUGGAUGCGUUCCAGCAAGAAGCUGUGAAUUGUUUGGAGAGAAGAGAAUCGGUCAUGGUAGCAGCGCACACUUCUGCUGGCAAGACUGUUGUUGCAGAGUAUGCUAUUGCUAUGGCCCUGCGGGACAAGCAGCGAAUCAUUUACACUUCUCCCAUCAAAGCUCUUAGCAAUCAGAAAUACCGAGAUUUGCAAGAUGAGUUCAAUGACGUGGGCUUGAUGACAGGUGAUGUGACCAUCAACCCUCAUGCCUCCUGCAUGAUCAUGACCACCGAGAUCUUACGAUCCAUGUUAUACCGAGGCUCAGAUGUUUCCCGAGAAAUGGCAUGGGUGGUGUUUGAUGAGGUGCACUACAUGCGAGAUCGCGAUCGUGGAGUGGUGUGGGAGGAGGUCAUGAUUCUUCUCCCAGACUCCGUUCGCUUGGUUUUCUUGUCUGCGACCAUCCCCAAUGCCAGGGAAUUUGCAGAAUGGAUCUGCCGAAUCAAACAUCAGCCUUGUCAUGUGAUCUAUACAGACAAGCGCCCUGUGCCACUGCAGCACUACUUGUUUCCAGCUGGUGGGGAUGGAGUGUACAUGGUGGUAGAUGAAAAAGGUCAGUUUCGGGAAGACAAUUUCCACAAAGCUUUGACAGCCUUGCAGAGUGCAGCAGAAUCUACCAACGUGGACACCAAGAAGAUGUUGAAAAGAAAGGGCAAAGCCAACUUGGGCGACUUGGAGAAGAUUGUGCGAAUGUGUAGUGACCGAGGCUAUUUGCCUUUGAUUGUUUUCAGUUUCAGCCGGAAGGAGUGUGAGGCCAAUGCAGUGGCCUUGAAGAAGAUGGAUGUCACGGAUGACGAUGAGAAGCGACUCAUCGAUGAAGUCUUCAACAACGCCAUCAUGACUUUGGGCGAUGAAGACCGUGAACUGCCUCAGGUGCAGAGUAUGUUGCCACUGCUGCGCCGUGGCUUGGGCAUUCAUCACGGUGGCUUGCUCCCAAUGCUGAAGGAAGUCGUGGAAAUUUUGUUUCAGGAGUCUCUCAUCAAGGUCUUGUUCUCCACUGAGACCUUUGCCAUGGGGAUCAACAUGCCUGCAAAGACAGUGGUCUUUACCAACACCCGCAAAUGGGAUGGUGUUGAAUACCGCAUUCUCAAUGCAGGAGAAUACAUUCAGAUGAGCGGUCGUGCUGGCAGACGAGGAAAAGAUGACCGGGGACUCACAAUCAUCAUGUUUGAUGAGAAGGUGGAACCAGAUGUUGCCAAGGAGAUGUUCAUGGGUCAAUCCUCCAAGAUUUACAGUGCCUUUCACUUGGGCUACAACAUGCUCAUUAAUCUCCUUCGCUUGGAAGGUGCUGAUCCAGACUACAUGAUUCAGAGGAGCUUCCACCAAUUCCAGAAGGAUAAGUCUGCUUUGGAGAUCCAAGGCAAAAAGCAAGACUUGGAAGCAGAAGUUGCAAAUUUAGAGGAUCUUCGUGUUGCAGUGAACGAUGACAGCAGCUACGCUUUCAAUGUGGAUGAAGCCAUUGCAGAUUACUACUACAUCGACAAACAGCUGAGCAAAAAGAUCGACGAGAGGCGGGAGAUCGUCAUCCGACCUGAGCACAUUGCUCCGUUCCUCAAUCCAGGACGGCUUGUGUGCAUGAAGGAUGGUGACACCGAUUGGGGCUGGGGCAUUCUCAUCAGCGCUGCACGGAAAAAGCUCACUGAGAACAACUCGGUGCUCGAUGACUCGGAACCGCAAUGGGUCUUGGACGUCUUCCUCCCCUGCGACCCCGAGGACAAAGACCGACCCCCGGCAGAUGCCAAAGCUGAAGGUCGGAUCUUCCCAAUGGCACUGACAUUGGUGCAGAAGAUCAGUAAGAUAAGAUCCAACAUGCCGACAGGCGACCUGGACAGCGACGAUUCUCGGAGGGCGCUGCUCAAGACUUUGCAUCAGAUCAAGAACCACAAGAGUUUCAAGCAGGGCAUUCCUGAGCUGGAUCCUGUUGGAGAGAUGAACAUCAAAUCAGAGGAGAUGAACAGCGUGGUUGCCACCAUCGCAGACUUGCAGAAGAAGCUGUCCACCAAUAGCUUUCAUGGCCAUGACAAGAUGCAGCUGUACUAUGACUGCUUUUCCAAAAAGGUGAAUUUGCACAGACAAGUACAAGACCUGGAAAAGCAGAUCAAUCAGAGUCGCUUCAUGGUCAUGAGUGACGACCUUCGAGCAAUGCGACGGGUGUUGCGAAGGCUGGAAUUCAUCGACAAAGAUGGCGUGGUGCAGCUCAAGGGCCGAAUGGCCUGCGAGAUCACCUCAGCGGAUGAGAUCCUCAUGACCGAGAUUGUGUUUCAGAACGUCUUCGCGGACAUUGAUGCCAACAACAUCAUCGCUUUGUGUUCUUGCCUGGUCUUUGAUGAGAAGUCAGAGGAUCCAAUCACCAACAACUUGGAUCUCAUGAAAGCAUUUGAGACCUGCAAGGGCAUUGCCAGAAAUGUUGCGGAGAUAAUGGUUGAGAACAAAAUCCCCAUUGACGUGGAAGAAUAUGUGCAGAAGCUGAAGCCGCAGCUGAUGGAUGUGGUUUUGCAUUGGUUGGAAGGCAAACGAUUUCACGAAAUCAUGAAUCAAUGUAACCUCUAUGAGGGCAGCGUGGUCCGCGUGAUCCGCCGAUUGGAAGAGUUGAUCCGGGAGCUGGCGACCGCUGCCAAGACCAUUGGCAAUGAGGAGCUGGCGUCGAAGCUGAACGAGGGUCGAUCUCGCCUCAAGCGUGGCAUUAUUUUCGCAGCCUCGCUUUACUUGUCAAUGCCUGGUAGAUACGACUAUUCCGAAGUGGAGAAAGAUUUGUACCGUUGGUGGGAAGAUGCAGGUUUUUUUCGACCUGAAGUGGCUGAGAAGGUCCCUUCAGAGUCUGAUGAGAGAGAGUCCUACGUGAUGCCUAUGCCACCGCCAAAUGUGACUGGGAGGUCCUCACACGAUUUCAUCGAAUGCGUGGUGACCGAACUCUUUGGCUACCAGGUGUCUUUGGACAUUUUAGACUGGAAAAGGACCAAAGUUGCCCAGAACGGCAGCUUGCAGCUGAGGGCACUUCGUAUUUCCCUCAGAGUGGAUCAAAUGCGACGCUUGGGUGCUUCUGCCGAUUGGUCGAGGGAGCAAUUUACCUUGAACGAACACAUGAGCGCAGCAGUGGUCGAAGCCUUUUGCCGGCUGCAUGAGAAAGGCGCCAUUUUCCGGGGUCAACGCAUGGUCAACUGGAGCCCUGUGCUGCAGACUGCAGUGAGUGACUUGGAGGUGGAAUAUUCCGAUGUCCAAGGCCAGUUGUACUACUUCAAGCAAAACCCUCAG